GCAGAGAGGGGUGGAGGACACAGAGUGGAGGCCAGUGGAGGGAUUGGCAGAGAGGGGUGGAGGACACAGAGUGGAGGCCAGUGGAGGGAUUGGCAGAGAGGGGUGGAGGACACUGAGUGGAGGCCAGUGGAGGGAUUGGCAAAGGGGGUGGAGCCAGUGGAGGGAUUGGCAAAGGGGGGUGGCAUAAACGGAGCAGUUGGAAAGGAUGGACUGAAGCGGGGAUAGCCUGCGGUGAGGCAGGCCAGUGAGGAGGGAGUUGCAGAAUGAUAAA